UUUGGGUCCUCGUUUAGGCCCGUAUGCGAAGUGAAAAGAAGCCCCAUAAGCCCUAGCGAGAAAACCCUACCGACGACAGCGGAGUUCCAAGCUUCGAAUUCGACCCUUCCCAUGGAGGAAGAAUCCCAGUAACCAAAACCUCCUCUAACGUCUCUCCUCGCAGCAGAAGAAGAAAAAAAUCCAGCAAUGUUGACGACGAUCCGAACCCUCCACCGCCGCCUCCCUCGCCGACUCCUCUCCCCUCCUCCCGCCCUCCCUUCCCUCCCCACGCCGUCGCCGCCGUCUCCAGCGUUUCCGAUCCCAGUCCCUGGUCGGCAGCAUUAGGGCCUCCUUCGCUCGGCUGUACUCCGCUUCCUCCGGCGGAGGCGAUGGCGGGGGGAAGGACGAACGCGUGGGACAGCCGCUGGGGCGGCUCCGCACCAACCCCCGAUCUGAUGGCGGCGACGGAGGAGGAGAACCAAUCCCCGCCUUGAUUGGGGCGAGGUCUCCUCCUGGUCCCACGGGCCCUGACUCAGGAGCACUUCGAUGGCGAGGCCGUCGGCCGCCAGGUCGCUCCCGAGAGCGAGAAGCGAGAGCAAGGCGGUGGUGCGGGCGAUGGAUGAGGAAGAUGAGAUCUUGGGGGCGGUGGAGAAGGAUAACAGGGAGAACAAGGCGUUCGUGGAUGGGUGGGAGGAUAGGAUGAUGAAGACCUACCAGCUUCUGAAGCAGGUGAGGGAGCCCGGGGCGAGGGUGGCUUAUCUCAAGGACUCGGAGAAGGCGGAGAUGUACCGGCUUCACAAGGAGAAUCCCGAGGCGUACACGGUGGAACGGCUGGCGAAUGACUACAGGAUCAUGAGGCAGAGGGUGCAUGCCAUCCUGUGGUUGAAGGAGAUGGAGGAGGAGGAGGAGAAGAAGCUAGGCCGGCCUUUGGACGACUCCGUUGAGAUUUUGCUCGAUAACUUUCCAGAAUUUUUCAAUUCCCAUGAUACAGAAUUCCAUGUAGCUUCUCUUCCUUACAAACCUGACUUCAAGGUCAUGCCUGAGGGCUGGGAUGGCACCACAAGAGAUCCUGAUGAGGUUCUCUACGAGAUCUCGAUGAAGGAAGACCAGAUGCUGUAUGAAGAAUUUGUUCAGCGGUUGAACUUCAACAAAAAGAAAGUGGCUGGGGAGGUGAAAUGCCACAAGUAUAGCAGAAGGCGACCAUCAGAAGGAUGGAGUUUUACAAUAGAGAAGAUGGGUCCUCGUGGAAAACGUGGAGGUGGCGGUGGCUGGAAGUUUGUGAGCUUGCCUGAUGGAUCAAGUCGUGAAUUGAAUGAUAUGGAGAAAAUGUAUGUGAAGAGGGAGACUCCUAAGCGUCGGAGGAGAAUUAUCGCACCCUUUAAAUAACUAUAACAAAGUCUUAAUUAGUAAGGGAAACCGCUACUGCUGCAAUAUUCCUGGAGAUAAAAGUUUCUAGGAGCACACCUUUCUGAGUUGUAAACCACAACCCAAUUUUAGCGCAUGACCUGUUUGGAGGUCUAAUAUAUGCUGCAAUGGGAGGAAAAACUUCACUCUCAGAGUGGAACUCAAGGUCAUUUUUUGAGGGGGAGGCUGCAAAGUUUUUCAACUUGCAUCUGAUAAUGUAAGUAAAAUUUCGAUGUUGUUUGAUGGAAAUCUUAUGCUGACUGUAAGUUAAACCUCAAUCAUUUAAUGCUCUCGAAGUCAUUAAAACAGAUUGUCUCCAGGGGGAAGAACUUUCUUGGCCAAUUGUUAUUGUAGCUUUUUUAAAAAAUAAAUUUGCUGUGCUUAUCACUUCUGAAUGACAUCAACAAAUUAAUUGCA